AUGGAAAUUUUACUAGAUCCAAAAAAAUGUUCUAUGUGUUAUAAAAAUCCAAUAAAAUAUACAUGUCCACGAUGUUCAAUACGCACAUGCUCUUUAUCUUGUUGUCUAACUCAUAAGAAAACAUUAGAUUGCAAUGGACAACGCGAUAAAACAUUAUUUAAACCAUUGGUUAAAAUGAAUGAUCUUGACCUAUUAUCAGAUUAUCGAUUUCUCGAAGAAAUCAAUCGUGAAGUUGAAACAAGUAAACGAAAUGAACUUGGAAAUAAAACGAAGUCUUUUAACGAAUUAAAACAUUUUCAAAAAUUAAUACAAAAUAAAUUACGAACAAACGGAUCUAUACAAGUUCUCUAUUUACCUCGAUUUUCAACAAAGCAUAAACAAAAUCAAAUGUGGUUCGAUAAAAAAUCUCAUGACAUCUUUUGGCAUAUUGAAUGUCGAUUUUUUAUCGAUACAUUUUAUACAUGGACGAUAACACGUUUGCCAACAAGUGAAACAACAUUAUCGAAUCUGUUAAUCAAAUUUCAGAAUUUUCUAAAUGAACCAUUGAAUAUAAAUGAGUUAAGUCUUUCAAAAUUAAAAAAGUAUUCGAAUGAACAAGAAACUUGCGUUUAUAUUGAAAAUUUUGGCCAAAAAAGAAAACAAUAUGGAAAAUAUGAAAAACGUUCAUUUAACACAAUAAUCGAUCUAUUUCAUGAGAGAACAUUUAUUGAAUACCCUGUUUUAUUCAUAUCACGAAUAAAUGAUGAAAAUAAUAUGAAAGAUAAUUUGUUAAACAAAAAAAAAUCGAAUUAA